CCAAGCCUCACUGCCCCCGAGCGCUGACGACGACCAGGCUCUCCAGGCCGAUGGCUGUCGGGGGCUGCUCUGUUUUGCCCCAAGUUCCUGUACACAUAAACCUCACCCACCGUCUUGGACAGCCACCCGCCCAUGUCUUGCGCCGUGUUGUUGUAGUAGUCUCCGCUCCGCCUGCACCCAAACACACUUGGCCAUGUUAAUCCUCCGCCGGGCCCUCGCCCUCGCCCUGGCCGCCCUCGCCGCCGCGUCAUCCACCGCGCGUGCGCCCCUCCGCAGCAUUGCCCUAGCUCAAAAUGUGGACAUCCUGACGGCCGACCACCGCGUCACGGCCGUGUCGUCGUUCGACGUCGCCUUCGACGUCGCCGGCCAGCGCAUCCGCCUCAGCCUCGAGCCCAACCACGACAUCUUCGUCGAGGGGGGGACCAUAUCCUAUCUGGCCGCCGACGGCACCAUCGCGCGACAGGAGCCCAUCGACCGCCACCAGCAUAAAGUGUACAAGGGGAGGGCGCUGGUGAAGAGGGGGAAGAGCUGGCAGGAUGCGGGAUGGGCGCGCAUUGGGAUACGGCGGGACGGGCUGCAGCCGCUGUUCGAGGGCACCUUCAUGAUGGCCCGCGACCACUGGCACGUCAAGCUGACGUCGAGCUACCUGGCCACGCGCACGACGGGCGACCCGGACGUGCAGGUGAAAGACGACGAGGAGAUGGUCGUCUUCAAGGACUCGGACAUGGGCUUCUUUGGCGAGCGCGCCGAGCUGCGCAAGAGGAGCGAGGACCUGGCAUGUAGGAGUGACGAUCUGGGCUUCAACACGCACGACGACCACCCCGUCUAUGCGGGCAUGCGCGCGCGCGACGACAUGAUGACCCCGGCCCCCUUUGCCAACGUCUUCGGGAAGAGGCAGAUUGACAACCAGCCUGGCGGGAACGGCGCAGGUGUCAAUCUGGUGUCGACGAUUGGCAACACGGCGGGAUGUCCCGGCACCCGCAAGGUCGCCCUUGUUGGUGUCGCGGCUGACUGCACCUACAUCUCGUCCUUCAACCGCGACCGGAACCGCACCCAGACCAACAUCAUCGACCAGGUCAGCGCCGCCUCGGAGCUGUUCGAGACCAGCUUCAACAUCUCCCUCGGCCUGGCCAACGUCAUCAUCACCGAGCCCGACUGCCCGACGUCUGUGCAGCAGUCCACCCCCUGGAACCAGGCCUGCACCGGCAACGUCAACAUCCAAGACCGCCUGAACCUGUUCUCGCAGUGGCGAGGCUCCCAGGGCGACAACUACUCGCACUGGACGCUCCUCUCCACCUGCAACACCGGCUCAGCCGUCGGCCUCGCCUGGCUAGGCCAAGCCUGCACAUCCGGCUCGCAAGCCAACUCCGGCAGCAACGAGACCGUCGCCGGCGCCAACGUCGUCGUACGCACCAGCGCAGAGUGGCAAGUCAUCGCCCACGAAACAGGCCACACCUACGGCGCAGUCCACGACUGCACCUCCUCGCUGUGCGCAAACUCAAACACAGUAAACUCCCAGCAAUGCUGCCCCCUCAGCUCCUCCACCUGCGACGCAAACCAACGAUACCUCAUGAACCCCUCCACCGCAGACGGCAUCACCGCUUUCUCCCCUUGCUCCAUCGGCAACGUGUGUUCCGCCCUCGGCCGCAACAGCGUGAAAUCCACCUGCCUCACCGAUAACCGCGGUAUCACCACCAUCACCGGCCAGCGCUGCGGAAACGGCAUCGUGGAAGCAGACGAACAAUGCGAUUGUGGCGGUGCAGACCAAUGUGGAGAAAACUCCUGCUGCGACCCCACAACCUGCCGCUUCAAAAACAACGCAGUCUGCGACGACAGCAAUGAAGAUUGCUGUCGUAACUGCCAGUUCGCCCCUGCUUCCACCAUCUGUCGCCAAUCCGUCGGGCCCUGCGAUCCCUCAGAGACGUGCACGGGGACGGACCCUUACUGUCCCGAAGAUAAAACAGAAGACGAUGGGAAGUCAUGCGGCGAUGGCGUCGCUUGUGCGAGCGGACAGUGCACGAGUAGGGAUCUGCAGUGCAAGACUGUGAUGAGCGAUUACGGACAGUCAAACGAUACCUACGCCUGCGAUAGUAGGAACUGCAUGCUUAGCUGUGCUAGUCCGCGGUUCGGCGCUGGCGUGUGUUAUGGCCUGCAGCAGAAUUUUCUGGAUGGGACGGCGUGCUCCGGGGGUGGACGGUGCGAGAAUGGCCAAUGCGAAGGCGCAUCCCUCAACGGCGAAAUAACUUCCUGGAUCGACAACAACCUCCCCCUCGUCAUCGGGCUCGCCGCUGGUAUCGGCGGUCUCCUCGUCCUGUGUAUACUGUGUUGCUGUGUGCGCUCGUGUCGCAGGCGCAUGAAGCGCAGGAAAUACGCUGGGCAGAAUGUACCCCCGCCGCCGCCGUUGUCGUCGUAUCGUGGGCGCGGGCAUGGGGCGAGUAGCUCGCAGGGCCCGUUGAUGAGCCAGGGUGGGUAUGGAGGACAGGGGUUUGGUGGUGGGGAUGUGCCGUUGCCUCCGCCGGCGUAUAGUCGAGGGCAGGUGCGGUAUGGGUAGUGUUUUUUUACUUGGUUUGGGCUUUGGGUACGUGGGUUGGGAAUGUUGCAUUGUUUGGCGUUUCUUUGGGGAUGGGGGGUUGGGUUUACGCAUAUCCCAUUUGUUGCAUCGGAUUGUGUUGGACUGAUAGACUCGUUGAUAUACUCUGGGGCUAGAAAGAGUAGAUUAGACCAGACCGGAUCGAUGUGUUGUUAUCUGUAUAAUCCAUACCCCUCGUCAAAGCGUAGCACCAUACACCACACAACAGCACAUCUCCCAACCAUAAAGAAGCAGAACAUUCCAUACACCCUAUUUUACACCCCUCCCCAUCCCCCAUCAAACCCACACAUCAAACCCUCACCCUAGCACUCCUCUCAUCCCUCUCCCCGCCCGCCCCAAA